UCGCAAAUACCUGAGCAUCACAAACCCAGAGUCUUCCACACUCUCUAAAAUCUAAUUCUCUGCCUUCAAAUAAACGAUGAUGGAACCACAGUCCCAACAACCACAACCACCGCCAAAUCUAGGCCAACCAAUGCAGCCUUCGUACGCCUCUACGAUCGUUCAUCAACCGGUCAGUGUGAUGCACGUUCUUCCGAAUAACGACUUCUAUGACAAUGCCAAAAGUAUGUUUUGCCCUUAUUGUCAAGCGAAGAUUAUCACCGAAACAACCUAUACUAACGGUGGAAUGACUUGGCUGGUUUCUUGUGUAAUCUGCUGUGCGGGUGGAGUAGCAGGUUGCUGCCUUAUACCAUUCUUUGUGGACAUGUUCAAGGAUGUAUCCCAUUCUUGUCCCAACUGCCAUCAAGAACUUGGCGUAUACAAACGCCUAUGAGCCACCAACAUGGGGCCAACGCGAUCCUGAAGGACGCCAUAUAUUUUGAGGGGGAAAAACUGCUGCACUUGCACAAGCAAUGUAAUGAAUGACGGGGGAAAAUAACACCAAAACACCACUACACACAUGCACACAAACUAUAUAUAUUAUAAAUAUCAAUGAACAAAAAAUAUAUGCUAACGAAAAUCUAGAUCUAAAACCAUGUAUUAGUAGUACUGAACAACUCCUCCAUCAUCAGGUGAUAGGAAUUUUGUCAUGUCACGUGAGCAUUUCCCGCCACGUCUAUAAAAAGUUGCAUAUAAGAUUUGCCGUAUUAAUCAUGCAGCUCUUAUAUGAUUUUAUCAUUCAUUAUGUACUUACUGAAAUAUUAUAUUAAGAGCACGUCCGAUUCUGAAAAAACGUACCUUUCACAUACACACCUAUACGGUACAAAACUGAAAACAUCCAGUGUGGAUGUUUGACCAAUGAUAGUGCUUAAAAAUACUAGUGUGAAAAAACCACUAAGAUUCGGCAAUGCAUGGUUGUAGUACAAAACUGAUGGGGGUGAGUUUUCAAAAUUCACAACAACAAAACAAGAGUUCACGUUUCUCUUGCUAUACAUAACAUGUAUAUGACCAUAAAUAUGUAGGAAGCAUACAUACAUAACAUGUAUAUGAUUCUUUCUUUACGUACAUGCGAAACAAUAGUACGUUCCCACCACUCUAAGCUUGUGCACCAUGGUAUGGGGAGAUAAAACAGGGGUAAAAAAAUACUAAUAAGCAGAAAUUAAUUUGACAAAAUGGCAUAAAGUGGCCAUUUGUUAUCAACACAGGUGUGUGUGUAUGAGACAAGAGGAAUAGCAGGGGCGAAUCCAGGGGAGGGGUGCUGGGGGUGUGCACCCCUCCCUGUUCCACCUUGUGCCCCUACGUCGAAGACAACCAAUACUGUUUUUCCCUUUGAUUCUAAGGGGUGCACCCCUCCCUGGGUUAACUUUGUGCGCAGCACCCCUCCCUGAACAAAAUCCUGGAUCCGCCCCUGGAUAUGAAUGUACUAGAAGCUACGAUGCUUGCAACGCAAACAAAUGGGCAUCUCUACCUCUCUCAAAAAUUAUUUAUUACAAUAAUUGUUUUAAGAAAACAAUCCAGAAGAUGAGCCCUUCAACUGAUUGUGCAGUUGUUUCUAUAUCGCACAACAUGCCUCUGUUUAAAUUUUCCUAGUAGUCAUCCUUCUGUAUUGAUACCAAAAGGUCCCUAAUAUUGUGACAUUGAUUUAGAGUAAGUAAUAAAAUUGUUAAAGAAUUAUUGCAGAACAGAAUCAUAAAAUAAAAGUAUUUCAUUCAA